ACGACAUUAUAUAUCGUAACAAUCAACAAUUCAUCUGACGAUUUUCAUGCUUUGGUAAUACUCCAAAAUUCAAUAAUGAUUCGAAAUGUGUGGAUAAAAUUUCAGUUGCGAUGCGACCAACGUUCGUUUCACAUUAUGCUGAUGGGAUACGGUUUCCUGGUGGUGUUCUUUUUGGCGAUGGUCGGCAACUGUAUCAAUUUACUCAUCUACAAUUCGGAUCAGAUUCGAUACUACAUCGCAAUUCGAAUGCUCUGCACUCGAUUGUUGAUGAAUACACUGGCGAUGCUGUUCCUUUUACCACAAGCGCUAAGAACUGUCGGUGUGUGGGAAAUGAAUUCUGCAGCUGAUUCCAUCUAUUGGAGCUACUACCCAUACCAGGCGUAUUUCGUAAAUGUGUUCGGAUUUUGCGCGAUGUGGUUAACAGUGUUGAUGACUGGCGAAUGUUACUUGCAUGUUUUCUUUCCGACUCAUUCAAAAUCGAUUUGCACGAAACGGAAUCUAUCCAGAAGUUAUGUAGUAGUGGCAAUUGUCGGUCUACUUCUGGCUAUUAUUUAUCCGUUGAAUCGUUCCGUAUCGCUGAGCAUCGAUUCGUGUGAUCGUGUUGUCGUUCACAUCAUCGCCAGCGAUUGUAAGCUGCACACCAUCGGUAAUCUGUUGUUCGCUAUUAUCAUACCGAUGUCAUUACUUGUGUUUAUGACAAUUUCGGUGGUGUGGAAACUUGUCCUACGGAAGUCCGAGUUUCCGAACACUUCGCAUUUCACUUCUGAGAAACGAUGUGUAACAAGAAUCACACUUAUCACCACAAGUUUGCAGUUAUUGGCCGAAUUGCCACCGAUACCUGUGUUUAUCUACGCCGCAAUAAGCGGUCCUCGGGUGAUCAACGAGAUUCCGGUGUGUGUAUGGAAUACGGUAGGAGUAUUCCUCGGGCUUUGUAACAUGAGCCUAUCGUUCUUCGUCUAUAUCAGCCUCUCUAACAAAUUUCGUCAGAUGGUCUGCAGGUCAAUUGAAUUACUUCCCUUAGCGAUACGCCAUAUAUUCGACUUCGUUAAUACUUACGCGACGACGCCUAAUCUUGCACGAUUGCCGCGUGGGACGCCUAAUUACGGACCUACAUGUUCUUCAAUAAUAGAUGAUAGUUUUUGA